AGGUUCACAUUGAGAUCCACUGAAAGCCAUCCUUGACUGAUAGGCCUCACCCGACUCACUGCAUCAGAGGGCACAGAGCAUGAAGGCUGGGAGAGGGACCCUGGGUGUCUGCCUGGCCAAGCAGUCCCAAGGAGGUGACCCGUACAAACUAGCAUGUGGCCUUAAGGAAAGAAGUCAGAAGAGGAACCCCAGAGCAUCAGUUGUGCCUUCUUGGACAGACCUGCCUAUAGCAGAUAGCCAUAGAAAGUCACUGGCCAUGGCGGUGGCAGCCUCAGACAUGAAGCAUGGUCAGAGCAAGGCCAGCCUCCUGAGUCAUGGUGGCUUCAAAGUGCUUCAGUCUCUGAAAGAAUUAAUGGGGAGAAGUUCAGCUCCAGCAGCCUCCCUCGGCAAGGCUGUGGCUCUGUCCCCUGCUCCUUCAGAAGAACAACUAGCCGGGAUGUCCUGUGGCAUUGGGGAUGCACUAGGAAGUGCCUGGCCAGGAAAAGAGCCCAGAGCCACUGACAACCGUGGACAAUACCUCAAAGGAGAGUCCUGGGUGUCAGGACAGCCAGGCCAUCCAAAACUGAGGGAAGUGGGAUUCCUAAGAGGUGACCCACUAAGUGCUGUCCCCAAGGGGCUAGGCACCUGGUCAGAACUGUCUCACCGAUACUCUGAGCUGUGCCAGCUGCCGUAUGCUUACCCCUAUUAUAAAGUUCUCCCAGAAGAUGAGCUGAGAUGUGUGUCCCUUGACCGUUUCAAUCCCGUGCUUUCAGAGGAAACAGUAAAAGGUGAGAAAGCUCUCAAGUACUUCAGAUGGUCUGCAGAUAGUCAUGGGGUCACUGACUCUGCAAUCUUCCAGAUUAGCAAGUCUCUGAUGCCAUAG